GUCGUCUUCUUCGAUUCUUUUAUCUUUCUUCCUCUGCUUAAACCCAAAACCUAAAAAAAUCUCAAAAUCCGAAAGUAUGUUACAGUCAAUUCAUCUUCGUUUCUCUUCAACCCCAUCACCAUCUCCUAGAGAAACUCUAAUCAUUCCAUCGAUUAUUUGCUCUAUACCUUUCUCAUCUUGUUCGUUCCGUCCGAAGCAAACCCAGAAAUUGAAGCGUCUGGUUCAAUUUUGCGCUCCUUACGAGGUUGGAGGUGGAUACACAGAUGAAGAACUGUUCGAAAGAUACGGGGCUCAACAACAAAAUCAAACUAAUGUGGAGGAUAAGUUAGAUCCAUCUGAGUAUGAAGCUUUGCUUAAAGGAGGCGAACAAGUCACCUCCGUUCUUGAAGAAAUGAUUACCCUCUUGGAAGAUAUGAAGAUGAAUGAAGCAUCUGAGAAUGUUGCUGUAGAAUUGGCAGCACAGGGAGUUAUAGGAAAAAGAGUUGAUGAAAUGGAGUCAGGAUUUAUGAUGGCCCUUGAUUACAUGAUCCAGCUUGCAGACAAGGACCAAGACGAUAAGAGGAAGUCUUUACUAGAGGUCGUCAAGGAAACUGUCUUAUCUCAUCUCACUAAAAAAUGCCCUCCUCAUGUCCAGGUGAUUGGUUUACUCUGUAGAACCCCUAAAAAGGAAAGUAGACAUGAGCUGUUGCGUAGGGUGGCCGCAGGUGGUGGAGCUUUUGAAAGUGAGAACGGUACUAAACUUCAUAUACCCGGAGCAAAUCUUAAUGACAUAGCUAAUCAGGCUGAUGACUUGCUAGAGACUAUGGAAACAAGGCCAGUUAUUCCAGAUCGAAAACUACUAGCGAGGCUUGUUUUGAUCAGAGAGGAAGCGCGAAAUAUGAUGGGAGGAGGUAUACUUGAUGAGAGAAAUGACCGAGGUUUCACAACUCUGCCUGAAUCAGAGGUGAAUUUCUUAAGCAAACUGGUAGCUCUGAAACCUGGAAACACUGUACAGCAAAUGAUCCAGAAUGUAAUGCAAGGGAAAGAUGAAGGUGCAGAUGAUCUAAGCAAAGAAGGCGAUUCUUCAACCCAAGGACGAAAACCGAGUGGAUUAAAUGGAAGGGGAAGCGUCACAGGACGAAAACCAUUACCAGUAAGGCCAGGAAUGUUUCUAGAGACUGUCACAAAGGUAUUGGGAAGUAUAUACUCAGGUAAUGCCUCUGGUAUAACAGCACAACAUUUAGAAUGGGUUCACCAGAAGACCCUCCAAGUUCUUGAAGAAAUCGCAUAUUAGUAAAACGUUUUUCGUAGUAUAUAAUUGUAAUUUGGUUAUAUAUCAAAAAUUUCAAUUCAACUUUAAAUUAAAUAUAAAAAAAUGUAAUAUUGGUACAACAUAAAAUAUCUUUAACCCAUUCAGAAUGAAUGAGUGAAAAUGUAACU